AUGCACACGACUAGCAGUGUUGCGCAAGAACCACCGACGUCUCCGCACGUAGCUUCGUUGGAUGGUAGAGGGUCAGAAGAUAUCUCUCCACAGAGAAAAGGUCCAGCGAAAGCGAUCCGUUAUCUAUACUACCGUCUUUACACGAAGGAUGGAGCCAUCGAAUCGUACAACCACAUCUGCUCAAACGACCGAUCCAUAGGACGAAUCCUUACCAAGGCUGUCGCACCGCCCCAUACUGUCUCGUCCCUCAAGAGGUAUCUCUGCAAGAUCGAGGGUCUCUCUCAGGCUGGCGCCGAAAACUCGGAUCUAUACGACACACUCUCGAGCCAGUCUGCUAUGAUGCCGGAUUCCACUCGGAUUUCGCUCUUGGGACAUUCGGGAAUAGGUUCAUCUGUGGACGACCCAGCGGUUUUGGUCACUGGGAAUGAAAACUUUGAAAAGCGAGCAGGAAACACAGACGUAUCGAAAGACCUACCUGAAACACAUACAAAGGAUACACGCCAUGUCUACUACCGUGUCUACGACGACAUGGGUGAAAUAACGUCAAAGACACACUUCGACAAAGACGACCUAUCGCUAGGACGAGUUGACGUGCUCUCUAUUGCGCCGCCACGCACCAUUUCAUCCUUGAUGUUUCGUCUGUUGAAAGCAGAGGACUUUCUUGGUGAUGACGUUCAGCUAUUCGAAGACAUGGGGAGUGAUUCUCCUAUGGACGACACCGACGUCUUGACCUUUCUUGGCGACGAUUAUCCAGGAAGCAUUGAAGACCAGCCUAUGGCCAUUGUGCACAAGAAAAGGGCAGUCAUAACGUCGCCACCCAAGCCUACAGCAUUUAUAAAAAAAAUCAAGGCAAAUAAAACACACAGUUUCGGGUAUUACCCAAACUGGCUUCCCAUUUCGACUGGCGAAGUAUUUUUCACAGAUGGGAUUGCAAUUCAACACCGUGGCUUUCUAGGUGAUCCGCACUGCUUCACGGGAUACAUGGCGACCAACUCGGCGGGUAGGAAAGGCUUCGUCGCAAAUUUUGCUUCAGAAUUUUGUUAA